AUGGCACCUGCCGACAAAAAGGACGCCAAGGCGGCUCCUCCCAAGCUCUCCGAUGUCAAGGAUCUUAUCGACGAGAGCACAUUUGAGCAGAUCCUGGAGAUGGACGAUGACGACGACUGUGACUUCAGCAAGGGCAUUGUCUACGGUUUCUUCGACCAAGCCAAAUCCACAUUUAUCAAUAUCAAGACUGCUCUUGACAAAAAGGACCUCAAUGGGCUCUCGCAGCUCGGACAUUUCCUGAAGGGCUCUUCUGCUACUCUUGGCCUCAUUCACGUGCGGGAUGGCUGUGAAAAGAUCCAGCACUUCGGCAAUGGUCUCGAUGAGAGCGGCUCCAGCAAGGUCUCCGAGGAUGUCGCCUUGAAGAAUACUGAAAAGACCUUGAAGGAGGUCGAGGUCGAAUACGCCAAGGUCGAGAAGUUCCUACGCCGCUUUUACGGUGAAGAGGUCGAAGAUGAGCCCGAGCCUAAGCCCGAAGCCAAGGAAGAAAAUAAGCCCGCCACUGAUACCAAGGAGGCCAAACCCACGGAGAAGACCGACGAGACUGAAGAAAAGUCCAAGGCGGAUGAUUCGAAGAAAUGA